AUUCAAUGUAAAUGUAUAUGAUAAGGUGCAAAUAAGAUUAAAUAUUACUAUGUAAAACAUUGUAUUUUUAGGUUACAAUUAUAUGACCUUUUCAUCAUCGUAUUUACACAUUUAUCUUACACAAUUUUAUACGUAGGUAGUAUGCAUCUUUCCUAGUUAAGUUUUCAAACAUCAUGCGUGACAAACGCGAAACUAUUAAUACGCUAUGUCUUAUAUUAAUAUGUGUGUUAAUCCAAGUGAUUGUUUUCGUGUUUAUAUUUUUUUCAAAUGUGCCAUCAAUGAGAUUAGAGCAAGUAGUUAUAUUAAGCAGGCACAAUGUGAGAACUCCUUUGUCUAAAAACCUUGGCAGAAUGACCCCACAGCCAUGGCCACACUUUAAGGAAAAACCUGGAUAUCUUACUGAAAAAGGUUUUGUUUUAGAAGGCUAUAUGGGUACAUUUUUUUUCAGUUGGUUACAUAAUGAAGGUUUACUAUCUAAAAAUUGUCCAACAGAUGAAGAAUUCUAUGUAUAUGCAAAUUCAAUGCAAAGAACACUGCUCUCUGCACAGGCAUUUGUUAAUAAUGCCUUCCCAGAUUGUAAUAUUAUAGUGCACCAUACUGAUCUAAAUAAAACAGAUCUCAUUUUUAAUCCAGUAAUACAUAAUUCGUCAGCCAUUUUUAAAGAUAUUGCUCUUAAAGAAAUGAAAUAUGUUUUAGACAAUUUAAAUUUAGAGCAAUCCUAUAAAUCCAUGGAAAAUAUUCUCAAUUACAAAUAUUCAGAUCUUUGUAAACUAGAAAAUGAAUGUGACAUGAAUAAGGAUAAAAAUCAAUUAGAAAUAUUGGUAGGCAAAAAGCCUAAACUAUCGGGACCUUUAAAAUUGUGUAAUGAAGCUAUUGAUGAUUUUUUGAUGUCAUAUUAUAAUGGAUUUCCAAUGGAAGAAGUUGCUUGGGGCAAAUUAAAUGAAAAAAAUAAAUGGCAUUCAGUUUUGGACCUUACUGCUGGUUAUCAUAAUGUUACUUUUAACACGACCCAAGUCUCAAAAGAUAUAGCAAAACCACUUUUAAAAUAUAUGACUGACAUAUUCAAUAAUAAAAUCUCUAAUGUUGUUUUAUUAAUGGGGCAUGAUGCAAAUAUUAAUGUAAUUUUAAAUGCAAUGUCUUUUAAACCAUAUAAUUUACCGGAUAGUUUUGUUUCAGCACCAAUUGGUGGGAAGAUUGUUUUCCAGAAGUGGUUUGACAUGACAUUAAAUAAAUAUUUGCUAAAAAUUAAUUAUGUUUAUCAAACAAAUAAACAGCUGAGACAUGGACAUGUAUUAUCACUAAAAAGCCCACCAAACUUUGCUUUGUUAGAAUUAAAGUAUUGCAAAACAGAUAACAACGGUUUUUGUCUUUGGGAUGAUUUUCUUCGAUUUUUAAAUAAAAUUUAUGACAAUAAUUAUAAAGCCUUGUUUUAGAUUUCAAAAAAUAAUCAUAAAAACUUA